AUGUGUUGGGGGCGUCUACGAUAUUGUUGGCAGUCUUGGCGAAAUUUCAUUGCUUUUUGGUGUUUCGGACUAUUUAAUAAUUUCAUAUACGUUGUUAUGUUGAGCGCCGCUGUGGACAUCCUCGAUAGGAAUACCCCUAGAGUACGUGCCUUUGACAUUUUUACCCCAUAUUCAAUUAGAACCAUUUAUUUGUUGCGCGUAGAUUGCUCUAGAUCAAGUAGUCAGUUCUGUGGAGCGGAGCGGUUUCCCACGUUGAAAAGCAGUGCUUCGCGUUACAGGUCUGUGGUGUCGUCGUGGUCUUCAGGAACCGGCGCAGCGGGCGUUGUGGGCUCCACGUUCUACGCCGGAAUGACGUCUCUGGUUCCGCCGCAGACCACUCUCCUAGCGACCCUCUUCGCACCCCUGGUGAUGCUGACUACCCGCGCGGAUUCUCAACUCCCCCCUAAUUCGUGGUUGAGCUCUAAAGUAAAGGGUUGUAUCCACAUUCUCUCCGAUCUUUUUCCUUAUCGAGGGAAUCAGGGUAACGUAAUCGGGCCAGGGUUAAUUCAGUGCCCUCGGCUGGGGCCCACGACAUGUUCUUUGAGGCUGCCAAAGACACCCUUACAUCGGCUCUAUGCAUUUCAGGCCCUCAAUUUCGCAAUCUUCAUGGUACAAGUACUUCGUCCCUUCGCGCCAAACAUCUGGGUCAUCUUCGGUCUGAUUGCCUACGAGGGCAUCCUAGGCGGCCUCUCCUACGUCAACACCUUCCACCGAGUUCUCACCGAGCCCAACACGAAGGAAUUCAGCAUGUCGGUCGCCGCCUUCUCGGACGCCCUUGGGAUUACCGGUGCCGCGUUUCUCGCCAUCCCUCUACACAAUUGGCUCUGUGGGCAGAUCGCCUAG